CCCUUUCAUGUGUAUCAUUUAAUAUAGUUGAAAACCGCCUUUAAAUUGUGUCUUUAAAGAGCUACUUUGAUUGGUUGCAGAAAUUAUCGAAUUUAAGUUGUUACUUUUUAUUAGAAAUCUAUAACAAUGAUAAAUUACUGAAAUGUACCUGUUUGUUAAUAUAUAGGUGUUUUUUUAAAAUUAUACAUAUGUAUAAAUUAAAUAUUCAUUCCAUAUGUACUUUCGAAUAUAUUUUUAUGUAUGUAUUUUAUUAUAGUAGAAUGAUUGAUAAUAGGAUGAUCAUGAUUUAAGUAAAUCGUUUACCUGUAUUAUAGUAUAACAGAUAAGAAGUGUUACUAUUUACUGAUAUUUUUCUAUCGGAAGUAAAUAUAUAACCUACUAAUAAGAUUGCAAGUUUAUAAUAAUUAGAAUUAUAUAAAAAGUAUAAUACGUUAAUUCUAAUUAUUAAAUUAGAAACAUAUAUGAAGUAUAAUACAUUUUCUGUAAAAAUGGACAUAGAAAAUUUGUCAAAGUAUGUUUAUAUAGGAUCAGUCGUUGCAUUUUAUUGGAUUAUAUCAAUUUUGACAGUAUUUGUAAAUAAGAUACUUUUAUCUAGUGAAAUUUUAAAUUUGGAGGCACCGUUAUUUGUAACGUGGUGUCAAUGUAUUGUGAGCGUUGUUAUAUGCAUAAUUCUUAGUAGUUUAUCUAUAUGUUUUCCACAAUAUAUUAAAUUUCCUAAUGAUAAUCCAUUUAAAAAAGAAACAAUAAAAAAGAUAUUACCAUUAUCUAUACUCUUUAGUGGAAUGAUAAUUUCAAACAAUUUAUCUUUGAAAUACAUUGGAAUUGCAUUUUAUUACUUGGGCAGAUCAUUAACUACUGUGUUUAAUGUUAUUUUCACUUAUACAAUUCUUGGAGAAAAAACUUCAAUGAAAUGCAUUAUGUGCUGUGGUAUAAUUAUUCUUGGAUUUUGGCUUGGUGUGGAUCAAGAAAAUAUUGCAGGUUCUUUGUCUGUUUUUGGAACAAUAUUAGGUGUAAUUGGAUCAUUAACUCUCUCUUUAUACUCAAUUCAUACUAAACAGAUUCUUUUUGUAGUAAAUCAAAAUAUUUGGUUACUUUCUUAUUACAAUAAUUUAUACAGUAUUUUCCUAUUUAUACCCUUAAUGUUAUUUAACGGCGAACAUUUGGUAGUUUACAAUUAUGACAAAUUUGGAGAAUCUUUUUUUUGGAUUGCAAUGAUUAUAGGUGGUAUUUGUGGUUUUGUAAUUGGUUACGCUACAGCUCUUCAGAUAAAAGUAACAUCUCCCUUAACACAUAAUGUCAGUGGUACUGCAAAAGCUUGUGUACAAACUGUUUUAGCAACAUAUUGGUUUGAUGAACAAAGGUCAUUUUUGUGGUGGAUCAGUAAUAUUAUUGUUUUAAUUAGUAGUGCAGCUUAUGCAAGAUUUAGGCAAUUUAAUUCAAGUACAGAAUACAAAAAAUUAAAAUUGCAACAAAAAGUAUAAUAUUACGGAUUAUAUAGUAUGAUAUGCGAGAGAAAGAAA